AUGCCCAAGACGUCUACCCCACGCCAAGCUGUUUUCCGAGUCGUCGGAUAUGCCCCCGGAUAUGCGGACGUUAAAAGGAGCCCACUACUCCGCAACUCCGCACUCCGCUCCUACAACUCCGCAGUAUCAGCAGUCAAGAAAAUGGAAGGAGACAGAAUUGUACGGAUAUCCAGGGCCUGCGAAUCUUGCCGCCGGCGCAAGUCCAAGUGCGAUGGAGCCGACCCCUGUAGGCAGUGCCGGGCGAAGCGCUCGCCAUGCAGGUAUCGCUUGAAAGCCCGCACGCGAGUUGCAUCCAGGACGCAAGGCCUGUCGGGCCCUGUCGAUCGGGCAGGCAGCCGGGAUGCGGAUGCGAAUGUGGAUGCGGAUGCAGCUGCAGCUACAACUCCUGGGGAACCCGAACGAAAUGAUUCCACUCGUCCAGGGGUCUAUCACAGCGUAGCUGCAUGCCACGAUGCGCCGCAGCCCACGGACAGCUCCCAACUGUUUUACGGCCCGUCAUCGACGUUUGCAUUUCUGCAGCAGAUUCACCGUGGGGUUCUACCCGGCGCCAAACACGCACAGCACCGCGGCCACGAUGUACAAGAGGCUGGACCCGGGCUGGAUGCCUUCAUGCAGCGGUCUAUUUUCUUCGGCAGGCCGCUUCGAGUCGAUGUGGCAUCGCACUACCCCCUACCACACCACCAGGCUCGCGCACUGCUAGAGCACUUCAAAGCGUCCGCUCAUAAAGCGUUGCCGUUCCUCUCCCAUUCUGCGCUGGAUGACCUUCUGCCGGCUUUGGACUCCGAGGUCUCUACUAUGGGACCGUCGUCACAGAAGAAGGUUGUGCUCCUAGCAGUGCUGGCAGUUGGUGCACUCAGCACACCUCGGACAGACCUAGCCGAGCAGCUGUUCAUCCGCGCGAAGCAGGAAGCCGUCAUCUACGAGGAUGCCGUGACGCUGCCCAUGAUCCAGUUCUCACUGCUGGCAGCGGAUUACCAGAAUAACAUCGGCCGGCCCAAUUCGGCGUAUCUACACAUCGGCCAGGCCUGCCGGAAGGCGCUGGCGAUGGGCCUACAUACCACGGCAACAAGCGGCGCCUUCAAUAACGAGGAACUGCAAGAGCGUCGCCGCACGGUUUGGUGCUUAUACCAACUUGAAACAUGGACGUGUUCAGCCGUUGGCAGGAAGGGGGUAUUGACUAGAGACGAUAUCCUCUGUCCGUUCCCUGAUAACCAGCCCCUGUGCGGCAUUCAUGGCGGCUACUCGGCGAUCCUGCAGCAGGCCUGUGAGCUCAUCUACAUGGGGAAGCCCCGGUCGCUGCGUGAAGUAUACUCUACGGCCGAGGCGCUCUAUGCUCAGAUCCGACAGUGGGCUGAAGACAACGGCCUUCUUCCAGACAGCGAGGGCAACAAGGAGCUGCUCUCGGACGAUGUAUCGAAGUUGAUGCUCUACAGUGGCAAACCCUUCUUAGUCGCGUAUUCGUCCCUGAAAUCGACAUCGCCAGGACGGCCAGCGGAGGAGCUUUGGAUUCGACAGGCUUGUCGGCGCGCCACAGACGCCGCGCAGGAUUAUAUUGUCUUUGUAAACGGCAUAUUCCGCGUCUCGGAUGCAUGCAAGAACCGAAGACUCAACUCGUUCUUCCUCGAAACGAGCUGUGCUGUGCUCCUCUAUGACAGUCUCUGUCACUCAUCCAAGCAUCCAAACAACAGAGAGUACAUCGAUAUUGCGGUCAGCUGCUUGAGGGAGAUAGUUGGCGAAGCACCUGCCGAGAACACUGCCCUAUCAGUUGGUCGGAUUCUCCAAGCAGUCGAGCGCUCAAUAUCACCAGCGAUGCCAGUGAGCGCAGCGAGCGACGGGGUGGGCCUUGACGGCGCGUACGCAGGAAACAAUCCGCAUAAUUCUCAAUUUCUGUCGUUUGACGGAGCGGCCCCGAAUACUUCACAGGACUUGAUAUUUUUCGGCGACAGGGGCGUUGAUGCCAUUGCCGGGGCGUCUACAAUGGCGCCUCCCAAUGCACACGAGCUUGGUGACGGACAAGGCUUGUCGCAGCUGGACUUUGACGUGAUGACAACAAAUCUUUGUAACUUGUUUACUAUGGAACCUAUGUCUCUAUAG